AUGUCAUCAUCGGCACGAUACCGUCGUCCUGCAAAGGACAAUGCGCCCACAGAUGCAACGAACUCAGCUGGAGUCCCUGAUCUUGCGGCUGCAAAGGAAAAGGCUGAGCUCAAGCAGGCGAUCAAAGAGCAAGCCGAGGAAACGUCAAAUGGCCUGUCAGUACUAGACGUAUUGCGUAUACUGGGCGGACUGGUACUGCUAAGCUGUGGACUGAGCUAUCUGAGUACCAGCGGAGAAAGCAUGACAUGGGGCUACAACCCAUGGUGGACACGAGCGCGGGAAUGGAAGAGUCUGAUUCAAGGCGAAGUCGUCCUCACUGACAGCGAACUCGCACUAUACGAUGGCUCCGAUCCUAAGAAACCCAUCUACCUCGCCAUCAACGGUACAAUCUACGACGUCUCUAUCUCGCCCACCACCUACGGCCCCGGCGGCUCCUACCACUUUUUCGCCGGCAAAGAUGCCGCCCGCGCUUUUCUCACCGGCUGCUUCGCUGAAGACUCGGUCCCGGAUCUACGCGGCGUAGAGCAAAUGUACAUGCCCGUUGAUCCGGAAGAAAAAGCCUCUCUCACUCCCGAGGAACGCGCCGCUGCAAUGGAGAAAGCGCGCAACAGGAAGAAGCUCAGCAGUGGCGAGCUGAAGAACCGACACGCGCGAGAACUCAAGAGUGCGAAGAAACAGGUAGUUGAUGGCUUGGAGAGCUGGCAUAAGCUGUUUAGGGGUGAUAAGGGGAAGCCGUAUCGUCGUGUGGGCUAUGUGAAGAGGGAGAGUGAUUGGCUGGAGAAGACGCCGAAGAGGGGGUUGUGUGAACAGGCUGAGAAGGGGAGGCCGGUGAGGAAGUAUGAUUAG